AUGGAAUUUGUUUUAAGCAAAAGAGGUAAAAAGAUGUUGAUUUUUGAAUCAAAAUUUAAAUAUGUUUUUGGUUAUACGUCACAAACAAAUGUGACUCGGUGGAGAUGUUUUAUUAAAAAUUGUCCGGCCAUUAUUUUGGAAAAAGAAAAAGUUAUACUUGAAAUGAAAGGUGAUCAUGGAGACAAUUGUUCGUUCAAAAAUUUAGAUCGUCAAAAAUUAGCAACGACAUGUAAGCGGAAAGCUGUCGAAGAUAUUUGUCAAAGACCUAGAAAAAUAAUACUAGAAGAAAUUAAUGCUUUUGGAGUUUCUUCAACAAUGACAACAAAUGAUAUAUCUGCAUUACGAAAAUGUGUAUACCGCGCUCGUCGUCAAUUUUUACCGACGAAUCCAACAUGUAUAGCUGAUAUUCACAGUGCUGUAAGUUUAGUAAAUACUUUGACGACUAAUGAUGAAGAAUUUUUAUUAGUAAACAAUGACAUUUCUAAUAUAAUAAUAUUUUCCUGCAAUACCAAUUUAAAAAUGUUAUGUAAAUCCGAAAUAAUUUAUGUUGACGGCACAUUUUCAUAUUGUCCUUCUUUAUUUACCCAAUUAUUUACAAUACACGGGUUAGUUAAUACGUAUUAUAUACCUUUAGUUUUUUGUUUACUAAAAGAUAAAAAAAUUGAAUCAUAUAAGGAAGCAUUAUUUCAAGUAGUGCAAAAAUGUUUAAAUUUAAAUUUAAUCUUUAAACCACAGUCAAUUACAAUUGAUUUUGAAAUAGCUAUCCACCAAGCUGUAUUGUUAAUAUGGCCAUCCGUAAUAAUAGUGGGUUGCCGAUUUCAUUUAAUUCAGAGUUGGUAUCGAAAAAUACAAGAAUUAGGCUUAACCUUAGAAUAUAAAAAAAAUGAUUGGUUAAAACACACUUUUGGUUUAACAUAUUUGGACCCUUCAGAGGUAUCGGAUUGUUUUUCAUUUGAUUUUAUGUCAGACAUCCCUGAAGACAGCAAAUAUAGUAGGUACGCCGAUUAUAUCUUAGAAAAUUAUAUUGAUGAUAACUCGAAUUUUCCGCCAAGUAUGUGGGCUUCACAUACAGCGACAUUAAAAAGAACAACCAACAAUUGUGAAUCUUUCCAUUCUCAUUUCAAUGAACAGUUUUAUAAGGCACACCCAUCAUUUUUUACAUUUUUACAUAUACUUAAAGACACAAUACAGACGGAUACUUAUAUCAAAAUUAACAGCGCUAAUAAUAAUAUAAAAAAAAUUCCAAAGAACAAAAAAAUAUUAAACCGUUUAAAAACUACAGAAGACGCAAUUACAAAAAAAAAUUCCAAUGAAAUUAGUAGGUACACUUUUGUCAAAACAGUUUCUUUUAAUUAUAUGAUUUUUAAAUAA